AUGGACAACGGCACAGUGACUCGUCAUAACAGGCGACACCUUCAGGCUGUCCCUGAGAUGGCCAAUCCAGUGGAGCAACAGCAGUGUGAUGCUCCUGUAGCAGUUCUAGGAGGGGAGUUUCACUUCAUUCCUGACACCAAGGACGUGAUUCUUGUCAGUGAUAUAUCAUCAAAUUUCCUAUCAAGUCCAGUAGAUGUAACAAAGUUUGGGCUGAUAUUUGCAGGCGCACAGAAGAAUGUCGGAUGUGCAGGAGUCACUAUUGUGAUUGUAAGGGAGGACCUGUUGGGAAAAGUUUUGAAAGAGUGUCCUGUUGUACUUGAUUAUAAAGUGCAAGCUGCAAAUAAUUCCUUUCACAACACCCCACCUACCUACAGCAUCUACAUUAUGAAACUGGUUCUGGAGUGGAUCAAGAAUAAUGGAGGCACAGACAUCAUGAAUAAACUGAGCAAGCAGAAAUCCUCUCUGAUCUAUAACAUCAUUGACAACUCCAAUGCAUUUUACUCAUGCUUAAUUGAUGUCAAAUGCCGGAGUCACAUGAACAUUCCGUUCCACAUUGGAACCAGUGAGGGAGACGAAGCCCUGGAAAAAGUGUUUCUGGAAGGUGCUUCCAAACUUAGAAUGAUGUCAUUGAAAGGUCACAGAACAGUUGGUGGAAUACGAGCUUCUCUGUACAAUGCAGUGUCUGUGGAAGAUGCUCAAGCUCUCGCUGCCUACAUGAAAGACUUUCUAAAUAAGCAUCAGCCUAAUAAAAUGGAUCAUUAGCCUACAAGUUUUAUUCCUGAGUAGCCUUAAUCACUAAUGUGUUUUUGUAGUAAUGUGAUAAUGGAAAGAGAUCCAUUUCUGUUUUGGCUAGCAUUGUCUGUCU